UUGAAAGACGUUCGUAUGCGGGUCUUUUAAACGCAACUUUUCCAUGUUAACAAGAUUACUGUCAAACUCUGUUUGCUCGCUGUUAUUUAGCGCACUAGCUUUACUCUUGGCUCUUUGAAUGUGCCGAGUCAUGAACUUUUGUAAGCCUAGCCAAAAACACAAGACUAGGAACAAAACUUCCUGAUGUUUCCAAAGCAAGUAAACAACAACGCAAAUGCACUCAACAGGCAAUCAGCUGACCAUUUCCUGGGUCAAUUCUCACAGGAAUGCUUCAGAGGCGAGAGGAUGGAACAUUUAAUCAGAGGUACAUGUACCUUACCAGGUCAGGUGGUUAAGUCAUAUCAAGUAUUUCUCCUGAUGGGAUCCACCCACUGUAACACCCACCUGUCGGUGGGAUGGCAAGUAGCUGUUUAAUCAGUCUUAGCACGCACACACAUGUGGAGAAUGAAGCCAGCCUUGCCAGCCUGCCCCUGUCAUAUACAUAGGCCUAAACAGCUGUGUCACAGGCAUGUAUUUCUUUAGUAGCUGACAAUGCAAGUAAAGCUCAAAGAUGGAAUUCAAAGUGAUAGACAAGGGUUAUCGCCUGGAGGUCUCUGCUCGUUAUAUUCCUGAUAAAAAUGCAUUCAUUGACUGGUGACUCUCCCCCAACAGACUUCAACUCAUUAACCGGCCAGGUGUGAAACGCUAACAAGUCAGGAUGGGAGCAGGUGCCAGUGGCCUCUGUCUACAAGGCAGACCAUUCAGGCCCUUCCGCUCAAAAUCUAACAGACCCCCAAAGAUUGGACAAAUCAGGAACUGCCACUUUGAUCAAAGGGAGGAGCAGGAAGUCGACAUGAUAGAGAGAGUGGAGUUGCCUAGCCCAUGUUUACACAGCAGCCCGUCGGAGCUUGGGAAACCCCCUGCCUGCCAGAAUGGGGAGUUCCCAAAGCGCAAACAGAGCAGCCUGGCCUCAGAGCAUGGCCAGAAUAAGGACAACAGUAGCUCCACACUGCUCAAAGUUGACAGCGGCAAUUUAGAAAUUGACGAAGCUCUGGUUAAUGACGGGACUGAUAUAAGCAAAUCCACGCUGAUCCGAAAGAGCUCGAAUAUUACCAGUGAUUCAGGACGCAGUUCGACAAGUGACAACGAAAACGAAGACUCUAUUCAGACACGAUUCGACGACGACGACGCUGUCAACAAGAAAGCCGCACGUCGUCAUAGUGUGGCAAUUGUUGACGCCACGGGGCACUUGGACGUGCCAGCACUGCCCUCUGAUAGUUCCUGCAACAAUCCCAGUGCCUUAGAGUUUGACCCGACCUUAAGGACUAGCUCGUCAUACAAUGUGCUGAAUCGCGAGGACAAGGACAGUCCAUCAGUGAAUGAAAACGUCCACUCUGGGACUGCACACUCUGGACGGAGUACAGGAAACAAGACCAGUCCCCUGGGGGUGAAACAUGCCCCUAAAAUCGUGUACAGUCACUCUGAGGAUCGGCUCAGGACUUCGGUGGCGGCCCGACGCCCUAUCAUACCCUCCCUGCCCUACUCCCCCUGUGGGUCACCUACAGCGUCUCUACGGUUACGACGACAGCCCACGAUGGAGACACGACGGGUGUCCGUGUCUGACACUGAUGGCUACACGCAGCUGAAUCAAUACAAGCUCAAAGAUGAAAUCGGCAAGGGCUCCUAUGGAAUUGUGAAGCUGGCCUACAAUGAACAAGACGAUACUCAUUAUGCCAUGAAGAUAUUAUCCAAAAAGAAGCUUGUGAAGAAGUCAGGAUUUUUUAGAAAACCACCUCCACGUGAAGGCAAGCCAGGCAGUGUGCGGCUAAGUCAUCCACUGGACCGUGUCCAUCGGGAAAUUGCCAUCCUGAAAAAGUUAGAUCACCCGAACAUUGUGAGGCUGGCGGAGGUGCUCGAUGACCCAGAUGAAGAUAAUCUCUAUCUCGCCUUUGAACUUGUAGAACAAGGGGAGGUGAUAGAAAUCCCAACAGACACACCACUCUCAGAGCAGCAAGCCUGGUCCUACUUCAGAGACAUUAUCCUGGGCACAGAGUACUUACAUUACCAGAAGAUCAUCCACAGAGAUCUCAAGCCUGCUAACUUGUUACUGGGAGAUGAUGGGCAUAUUAAGAUUGCAGAUUUUGGUGUAAGCAAUGAGUUUCAGGGAGGGGAUGCAUUUCUCACCGGAACAGCGGGCACACCAGCUUUUCUGGGACCAGAGGCCUUAAAAGAUGAACGAGAAAAGUGCAGUGGUAAGGCACUGGACAUCUGGGCAAUGGGGAUCACAUUAUACUGUUUUGUAUUUGGACAUUGUCCGUUUGCAGAUGAAUAUGUGCUGGGAUUACAUAAGAAGAUAUUAAAGGACCCUGUAGUCUUUCCUGAAAGACCUGUUAUAUCUGCUGACCUGAAGGAUCUAAUUUUAAAAAUGUUGAGUAAAAACCCUGUCGCCCGCAUUACACUUCCAGAAGUUAAGGUUCAUCCAUGGGUGACACGGCAGGGUGAAUUCUUGCUGCCGUCAGAAGAAGACAACUGUAGCCUGAUCACCGUCACAGACGAGGAAGUGGACAACUCUGUUAAACAUAUCCCCAAGCUUGACACUUUGAUCCUUGUGAAGAGCAUCCUGAAGAACCGCUCCUUUAAGAACCCAUACAAAGGGUUUAACAAGGAGAACAUGGACAUGAAGACAGAGUUCCAGAAAUCUGGGCGUUCCCACUCAGCUCCUGAAACAUUUCUAACAGUGCCUAAGAAGAGAAUAUCUCAUGAAGCUCAUGUAGCAGAGGUUGUGGAUGAAGCUUGCUCGUGAAGAUACCACAUUUGAAAUCUUUCUGGUUUUGCUAUAGUUUUCUAACGCCUUUUUGCUGAUGUUGUCAAUCGCUGGUGCUGAUGGAAGGAAUUUCCCCCUGCUUCACAAAGACCUUUGACCUAAUCUGAAGAUUCAUUGCUAUUGUUCAGUGACUGUACCAUGUGACAUUAACCAUGGGUUGUUAUUGGUCAGGGACAAAUUGCUUUAUUGACCUACUUUAGACACUUUCUGCCAUUAACUUUAUUAUACCAAUGCAACUUUGUGUGGUUCACGGCUGUCUCAGGAUUUAUGAGUGGCUUCCAAACAAUUCCUGUCUCAAAGAACAAGAUUGGGUUUCUCUGAAGAUGGUAAGCCUCAUGAAGCUGCCAUAUUGUGCACUUUUGCUUCACUGUAAUUUCACUGAACCAGAACCAAUAGAAAUCCUGGGCUUUCGUGGUAGCUACAUGCAUCUGUCUGAAUAUGGACUUUGAGGUAUCCACCUCUGUCAGAAAUUGCUACAUGUGCUAAUUUUGAGCAUUUAAUAAAAAUAACAUAUUGUUGUGUGUUAAUCUCUUUCUUCUGGAAACAUGUAACCUGUGGAAAAUUUGUUUCCUGCGGGAGAUUCUAGGACACUUGUGAUGACACCAGACAAGACACCCCUGAUAAUUACCGACAAGAAUCUGACCUGGACACACUCUUAAUGAAAUCAGACAAGGCACUUGGCCAGGAGACUUGUGAUGACGCCCAACCUGGACACUCCUGUUGAGACCAGAGAUGACACUUUGCUAGUACACUCCUGAUGACACCAGAGAUGAUGCUUCGCUAGUACACUCCUGAUGACACCAGAUAAUAGACCUGACAACACAUUCGUGAUCUGGACACGCCUGAUGACACAAGCCAAAACACAUCUCCUGGACACUUGGGAUGACACCAGAAAAGACACCUCCUCAACUCUUUUAUGAUCUCCUCAAUUCAUGUUCUAUUUUUCACCCAAGCACUCCACCUAUAUGCAUUAUGAACAAUCUGACCACAAAGUAUUAUUGACCAAUCAUGUGUUAUCAUUGUCAACACUGCUGAGUACAUGUCCAUAAUGUAGUGCAAAAAAGAAUAUGUGUGGAAGAGCUGUUUAGCAUUACAUUUUUCUUGUAGGUUUUCUAAAUGUGUAAGUAAAUUAUUGUACACACUUGCCACCAUUAAUAGAAGCAAUGUUAGAUAUUGUCCAUGGCCAGUUCUAGAUAGGAACUGUUUAAAAUUUCUUUUGAGCACUAGUAACAAAAAUCUGUGCCUAAAAUGCCUUGUGCCCAUUGAAAUCAAUUGACUGAAAAGGUGGUUUUAGGUUCUACAUGACUGUUACAGAAACAGUAACACUGCUGUGUUUUGUGGAGUUGUUUUGAAUGCAAAUUAUUUUUGUUGCGAAUUUCAGUAAUGAGUUGGUUCAAGACAUUUCUUGUAUACAAAAUAGGUGGAGAAAACUUAUGAUUUUGGAAAAAAAACUUGCAAGAUUUGAAUAAAUAAAGCAUGGUUAAUAGUCAAAAUGGGCUUAGUUUUAUCUGAUAUUUUUGUUUUACCUUUUGCAUGUUUUAUAAAAUUCAUUGUAAAGUAAAAAAUACUGUAUGAGCUCUUUAGUUAUUUUGAGUAAAACUGCAGCUGUAUUUGUGCAUGUAUUAAGAAGCAAGGUGUGUUUAUAUAAGUGUUGAUAUAUUGCCAGAAGUGUGAGUCUAUUCUUAUGUUACAAAUGAAUUUUCCUUACCAUCUUUGCAAACUGAAUAUGUUUUUCAGAUUUUUGUAAAUAUAUUUAGCUGUUAAUCCAUGGGAUCUAGGUUUAUUUUCUAAGGCUGUUAUUUUUAUAUCUGAUGCUAGUUAUAGGGCAUCCUUUCACAUUCCCCCUAAACCCUCCUAACCUCCCCACCCACCAACCCCACCCUCACAACUUUUUCUAAUACUUUCAACCCUACAUUGUACAUUUUUAAAUCAUUGAAAUUUGAGUCAAAUAUUGUGUUAACUUUUAGAAAAAGUUAACGAUGUUCAUGCAAGAUUUUACCUUUUUCUGAAUACCAGUAACAAUAAAAAAAAGUCUAUAAAGGCUGUACUUUUGAAUGGUACGUACUCAUGGAUAUUCUUUAAUUCUUGCGGUUUGUUCUUGGUCAUAUUUUCAAUGAGUUUUGUUGUAAUGUUGAAACUGUGUUUGCCACGGGUAAUGUAAUGAAAAUGCCAAAGAAAUUUUGUCGUGUCUCUGUGGAGUUUUGUUGUUGUUGGAAUUAUUGUAUACUUAAGGAUUUCUUACCUACAUGUACACAUUGGCAUUUUCUACCUACUUUGGUCAUGAGAGCUUUAUCUGACAGUUUUAAAUUCACUUGCUGGUAAAAGGAGAAGACAACGUAACGACAAGUCCUAGUUUUAGGCACACCACAAUAAAAGUAUCAAAAAAUAUCUUAACAGGAAAAGUGAAUUUUAACAUUUGAAUACCAAUGACUGAAACAUUUUAACAAUGUUGACCGCCAUUAGCACAAUGGACAUUGCGCAGUCACAGAAUUCCACAGUGGUUUCACAGAUAGCCUACAUCUCUCUGUCAGCUUUGUGUUGUCCUUUUUUGUUUCUUUUCAUUUUUUUUUUCUCCUUUCAGUUUUAUUUUCUGAUUUUCCACUGUGUUUCACUACAGUAUAAUUGUCUUGAAAAAUAUAUCUUCAUCAUUGAGAAAACAAAGAUUUUUUAAUGUAGAUUUUUAUAUUUUAUUAAUGACUGUUACAUAUAUUUGGUGUCUGUUCAUUUAUUAUUUUUGGCUGUGUGUUUUUGGAGCAUAAUGAAGUAUUGUAAAAGACUAAAGAUAGUGCUGAUGAAGUUUGAUUAGGCAAAAAUGGAGGCAUAAUGUUUAAUAUUAUGGGAUAUAAUGUCUUCUGUGGUAAAUACCAAAUGUAAACAGAUUAUGCACUUGCUCUUUAUAUAUCUGUGCGAUGUAUGCAUGCCUCACGAAUAUAUAUACCUAAGCAUGUGUUGGCAGGGAUGUUUGGAAUUAAGGUAGUUAAUUAAAAAUACCCUCUGAUGUUGAUCCAUAUGAAUGCCCAGGUUAGAUAUGUAGAAGAUUGUUAACAAAUGUCCGGGAUUACACAGUUUUAUUGACCAUGGGGUGGGGGCGAGGAAUACCUUUAUACUGUGUCGUUAACAAGUGUCACCAUUAACAAGGUCAUCAUAGAAUACAUUGUAUCCUACAUGGUUAAGUAAGCUCUUGUAGAAAUACUAUCAACUUCUCUCCUGCAUUCAUGUAUUAGCAGGUUCUUAGAGAAAUCUGAAGUUUCUGAGCAAAAUUUACAAGAAAUUCGAACAACAAAAACUUCCCAAAAGGUUUACAUUUUAAGAAAAUGAUAAGAUUCAAUUUGUUGAAAGUUUGGGAUUUGUAUGAGCAACUUGAAGCCCCUGUUCACUGAUAGCAAUUUUGUAUACAUUUCUGAUACUGAUUGUUUUUGUCUUUGCAGUCCAAUGUAACUGUUUUGAUUCUUUUUAUUCAUCUUUUUUACUUUUGUAUAACUUCACCUCCCUCAAUUAUGUGCUCACCCAUUAAGUUGUCUCAUCUCACCUCUUUUCAAAUUCACCCAUCUCACUUCUGGUUACAGUCACCUAUUUUACCUUGUUCAAAUUCUACCAUCUUUCUUUUGUCCAGUUCAUCUGUCUUAAAUUUUGCCCAGUUCAUCUAUGUCGCUUUUUUCCAGUUCAUCUAUCUCACUUUUGUUCAGAUUAACCCAUCUCACUGCUAUUUAAACUCGCCCAUCUCACCUUUGUCCAUUGCUUCUAUCUCACUUCAAGAUGUUCAAGUUCACAUAUAUUGUCAAGGUCUCAAGGCACUGUUAUCUUUGUAAAAUUUCCAACUAUUUUGUAGAAUAAAAAAUUCAGCACUAUUUUUACAACUGA